AGCUGUCACUUUGACGCAGUGCUAGUUUAGUACCCCAUCGAAAAACGAAGUGUUCUGUGAAUUCCAAAGCAUAAGACACACAAAAAUACAUAAGGAAUCAAGAAAAUACGACAUAAGUGACGAGAGAAGAGCAAAAAUGAAACGAUGGAAAAUAACGCAACAGCAGUUAGUUAAGAAAUUCUAAAGAAUUUCAAUCUACGCACGCAGUGAAUGUGUCGAAUUUGUGAUUAAUAAGUGAGAAAAUUUAGAGUUCUGGCCAGAGCGAGCUAGCGAGCGAGCAAGCAUUUAGAAGUGCCUAUAUAGGUAAUUCGGUGAAAACGAAGUCGACCAAAUAAGUAGCAGAGUAGCAAGUAGAAGAAGAAGCAGCAGCAGCAGCAGCACAGCGCACAACUAGAACAAGAGACUUAGUGAAGUGAAGUGAAACAAACAGGUUUGACAACAAAAGCGCAGACAUCAUCCAAUACGACCAAUGCGCGCAUGUGAAUUCUGAUGAAAUGAAUGUCUUUGCGGUUGCUGUGAACGAGAAAUGAUUAAAGCAAACACUUAUAAACACAUAUUAAGCAAAAAAAUUCGUGGAAGAUUAUGAAUAUAAGCAAAACAAUUGCGAAAAUACGAAUAAAAUCUAAACAACUACAACAAAACAAGUGAACACGUCACCGUGAAGCGCAGCAAAGUACGAGUAUAACAAUUUGUGAAUAACAACAAUAGUGUAAAAUACAGCAGCAUUAAAUAGUAAAAACUAAAACAAUAAUAAUAAUAAUCAACAGGCGAGUGAUCGAACAAGCAAGCAGUUUGAGUGUAAAAUAAUACAAAAACAAAAAUAGAAAAAAAUACUAAUAAAAUAUAACAGAAAACAAUCUUGUUUUAUCAGUCAUUACGCUCCGUACCGCGCCACAUUUGCGUCCUCGUACCGCGUGCCGCCAAAUACCGCAUUGAAACUCGGCAGUAGUACCAAGCCGCGCGCAUACACACACACACGCGCGCGCAAUCGAAGCGCCAUAACUAAUACCAACAGCGGACCCCACAACAACACAACGCGCUCCAGCGCUUCGCAUCUGAACGCCUUGCCGCGCACCGUUUCGUUGUCACCCAGUCGGCGUCGUGCCGUGUUGUCGCUUAACAUUUGAUUCUUAUAUUUAAUAAGUAUAUUAUUGCUUGCGCUUUGGUUUGUUUUAUUUCUUUGCUGUGUACUUGUGUUUGCGCGCACACACACACACACACACACGCGCGCUCACCGCAUUUUUUGCACGUUUUGCCUUUUGAACGCCGUUCGUGUCGCCAAGCGCGUUAGUGUAGAAAAAAGCGCGCGCGCCAAUUUGUGAAAACGCCGUUUGAAAAUUAAAGACGGAAAAGAAGGCGAGCACACAACGGAAUUUCAAUAUUUAACUACCAGCGCAACACAACAAACUUAUCGCAGCAACAGUUGUCAGCGCUGUAAAAAUAACACUUUUACGAAUAUUCAUAUUUUAAGUGUAGCAGUGCUCUUGAAGUCGCAAGCUUCCAUUACAACAGCGCAGACAAGUGGACCUAAUCUAGUAGAGGGAAGCGGCACACGACAGACGCACGCGUUUGUCCCAUAGCGGUAACGCCAACAACAACAGCAGCAGCUGCAGUAACAAUAUCCGCCGAGCUAACAUAGCCAAAAGAGCCAACAACGACGACGACGACGACAAAUCAGCAGUGAGCGAAGCAUUAAAAACAAUAACAACAACAUGGCAAAUCCGCGCAAAUUUAGUGAGAAAAUCGCAUUACAGAAGCAGCGCCAGCAAGAGGGCACCGCUGAGUUCGAGCGUAUUAUGAAAGAGGUUUACGCAACCAAAAUGGAUGAGACCCAAGCGAAUCAGAAGAUAUUGGAAUGCUGUUUGGUAAAUACUGACAUCGGCAGCAAUCACACCACCAAUGCCAGUUUGGUAAGCGCCGCCGGUAUAGGCGGAGGUGGCAGUGGUGGCGGAGGUGGAGGAGGCGGGGUAGUUAACACUGCGGAUGGCGGUGCUGCCGGCAAUAGUGGUGGCGCAGCAAAUGCCACCGGCAGUGGCAGCGGUGGGGCCUCACCGGACGGCACACACAAUACCAAUUCACGUGAGUCUCGAGGGCGCAGCGUUGGCGUCGGACCGAUGCGUCGUCCCUCCGAGCGCAAACAAGAUCGUUCGCCAUAUGGCAGCAGCGCUGCCGUCGCUACCGGCAUGAAUGCGGGCAUGAGCAACAACGCGUACCUUAGUCCGCCAAUGGAUAGCAGUUGGCGUCGCUCCAACUCGGACUCGGCUCUUCAUCAGACGCUGAAUAUGGCAGUGGCGGCAGAGGGUGGCUUCGGUCCAGGCGGUGGCAUGGGCGGUAUGGGAGAUAUGAGCGCGCUGCACGCCAAUUACCAGCAUCACAAUCAACGAUCUCAUUCGCCAAAUAUUGGCCGCAGCUUCAGUCCACAAGCACAAAGACGGAAAGGUCAGAUGCUGCAUCAUCAGCAACAGCAACAGCAGCAGCAACAACACUUACACCAUAGUCAGCAGCAACUACAUUUGCAGCAGCAACAUCAACAGUUGCAGCACAACUUUCAGCAGCAGCUGCAACAACAACAUAUGCAUCAGCAACAAGCACAACAGCAACAUGUCCAGCAGCACCAUGCGCAACAGCCAGCGAGUAGCGUUAGCCAACAGCAACAGCAACAUCCGCAACAAUUCAAUCCCAAGUAUACUAACUGCAAUAUGCCAAUAAAUAGUCUAUUCAAAUCGCUGCAAGAGCAAACACUGGCGCUCGCCAACACCGGUUCGUUGCCAGACCUAACGUCAUUGCAUUACUCGCCCGCACAACAACAACUACUGCAUCAGCAGCAACAGCAAACGCUAUCGCCUAUCCUGUCUCCGCACAACAAUGGACGCGAGCGCGAUCAGUCCUCGAGUCCCUUCAGUCCGACUGGUGGCAAUGGCGUAGGUGGUGGCCCACCGUCGCCAUACCAGCAGCAACAACACUCGCCUACGUCAGCCGCCAACACACCUACAGCAGCGCAAACGUCGCCGCAUUUAUCAUUCACAAAUCUCGCCGUUCAGUCGCCUACCGGCAACGGUUCCAAUACACAAAAUGCCGCACAAACCGGUACAUUCACCAACCUGCCUACACUGGGUGGCGCCAGUUCGACGGGCAAUCUUACCGAAUAUCGACAGCCAUUGAAUCCACCAAGUCCGGGCUCCUCACCUGGCUUGCUAACAUCCGUCUCGGGCAAUGAUGUGGUACACAUCAGCGCGCCAGCCAGUCCAAUUCGGCAUCCGCAGGCCGGCAUGAUCGGAUCCAGUAUGCAGCCCUACAAUGAGAAGAAUAUGCAGACCUUCGAUCGUUACUCACCUGCAUUAGCUGGAGGUGCGCCAGAAAACGCCGGCUUCAAUAGUCUCAACUCGUCGUUCCAUAAUCACUUUGAGCAGUUCACGCUAGGCGACAGUAAUUCCUCACCCGAGCAGCAGCAGCAGUUACAGCAACACUUUCAGCAACAGCGUCAACAACAACAACAGCAGCAGCAACAGAAUAGCUUUACCACAAUAGAUUUCGAAGAUUUUGUCAGUGGUGGCAAUGGAUCGCCUUAUUCGCAGUCCCUGACGCAGAGCAAACAAUUGGACUUUAGCGAUCUAACGGGUGUUUCAAGCUCUACGGCGACGACGACGACGCAAAGUAGUAGAGGUGGUAACACCAAUAAUGGCGGCAACACCAGCAAUAACAACAACACACACCAAGCGACACGCAUACUCUCACACCAAAUGCUGAAUAACAAUGGUGCCGGUGUGGGCAACAAUACCAACAGUAACCCAACAACAAAUGGUCCCUGUCGCAUCAGUAACAACAAUGUGAAUCUUACGCAAGCGAAUGAAGUGAACUCUUCACCGAUACCCUCACCGUUAGGCUGCCUGCCGUCACCGUCUUCACCGCUACCGAUUCCUAUAAAUGCGCAAUCGCCGCAUCACCAACACCAACAGUUAUCGCUAUCGUUGCAUUCACAUUCGGCCCAACCAUCACCGCAUCACUCUCCCCUGCAUUCGCCGCACCACGCCUCCCCAUUAUCAUCCUCCUCACCGGGCAUAACAACGCUGACGAGUGGAGUUUCGCCUGCGCAACAUAUGGGCGGUAAUGGCACAAAUAAUGCGUCGGCGCAUCACAACCAGCAUCAGCAAGCGUCACAACACCAUCAACAGUCGCAACACCAGCACCAGCACCAUCACCACCCUCACCAACAGCAUCACCAUCAUCAUCAACAGAAUCAUGCCAAUACACCGACCAACACCAAUAUACCGGCGAUCAUCUUCUCCGACUAUUCGUCGCAAGAGAUCUUCGAUACGCUCGAUUUGGAUUUGAGUCAAAUGGACCAGACUGCGCUAGAUCUGCUAGGGGAUCAGAACUCGAUCAUGAUUGCCGAUCCAACAAUCGAGGACAGUUUUCGUAAAGACCUUAACUGAUACUAUGAGGAGGCUGUUGCAGCUAUUGAGAGUGGCGUACUGCUCGACGAUACCUUCGAUCCGCUGGGGCCCAUAGUCGACGUCGCUGAUGUACUGGGCAAUCCGCUGGCGGAUACAACAAAGUGCAAAACAGAGGACGACACAACCGACACAGCUACAAAUACAGCAACACUAACAACAACAGCAACGGCAACAGCAACAGCGACCACCGUCGAAGACGCAAACAACACCCUACCCAUCACACUCAACCUCAGCGACCAAGACAAUGUCGAAGACGAGCUGAACAAUGUCGACGACAACAUAAGCAUCGGUCUCGGCAUCGGUAUCGGCUUGGGCAUUGACGGUGACGACGAUGGGAACAAUGGUGAUGUGGAAGACUUCUUCUUCUAAAUUGCGCUAAUUUAGACGACGGAGGUCAGGUGGUCAAUAAGCGGGGUCCGUCACGAAGGUGGCCAAAGGCACAGUGAAAAAACAACCGUUUACAGCGUCCGUCGAAUGGAAUGACGCCGACAGCGGUUAACGGGAAUGACGCACACAGUUAAACACAAAACACGCUCAAGCCGACAUACAAACAACCAUACAUACACAUACAUAUGUAGCGAGUGGUAUGUUUGUAUGCGUUGGAUCUGAAGUACACGCGCAAGCAACAGUGGUAGCAACAGCUUUUAAAUCUCUAAGCAGUAGUUAGGACUCUAAAUGAAAUAUACAAACGUAAAUACCUAAAAAUAUAUAUAUACGUAUAUAAAGAUAUACAUACAUGCAAAGAAAUGUGUUUACAUACAUUCAAAUGUACAUACAUACAUAUGUAAAAUAAAACAGUUUAAGUGGCUGCGGAGCAUUUGUUGAAGACAAAGCAAAGUGCAAAUUGAGUUGUAAGACAAAAUUGAGUUACAUAAUGCCAUUUGCCUUAGCCGGAGUGGGCGGUUUUUGAAGUUCAGGCUUUAGGAGUCGAGUCGGAGGCAGAAGCUUUCUGAUUGCGUGUUACACUUUUAACGCGCUUAAUGAGCUUUUAAGUUCACUUAACGGUUUUAUUGAAUUAUUCUUUUUUUUUUUGAAUUCCCUACCAGUGCUGUGGAUAUGAUAUAGGAGGCGUUGAUUGGUUCGCCAGUUGGUUAGAGUGUGUUAAAUUUACAUUUUAGUAUCUUAGUUAUUUCUUAUAAACAAAAAAAAAAAGGUAUACCGAAUCGUUUUAUACACCUCGAAGCUUUUGAACAGUACCACAAGAGACGGCCAGUUUGAUUUUCGUAUACCAUAAGGCAAUCACGCCCGUCACGUGACAUGUCAAAUAGAUCCAUUGUUAACUCAACGCUACUAUUAGCUGCUUAAUUUGAGAUUCUGGGUAAGAAAGGUGAUGGAAAGCUUUGAUUAAUUUCUUAAAUUCGAAUAAAUUUGAGCACUAUGUAGCGUCUUCUGGGCACCUAUUCUGUAUCUCGAUUCGAAAGUUAAUUCUAUUCGAAUUUCAUAUUCGACUCGAAUUGAUUUUGGCAUUCUGUAAAAAAAUCGGAUUUAGCUAUUGAAUAUUCGAAAGUUCUACCACCCUGUGCCAGAAUUUUUUAAUGCUAAAUGAAAAAAUAAAAUAGAGUAGUGUGGAAAUUAUUGACGAAAAGGAUUGCUUCUUAUCUAUAGUAUAAUAUGUUAUAAAACUCAUUAAAGUACCUAAAUUUUUCAAAACAUUUUCUUCCUACAACUCAUAAGCUAUCGAAUAUUUUAUACGAAACUCGAGUACAUUUGACAAUUAAAUUCGAACUACAUAAUUGCAAAUAUUCGUAAUUCGGAUUUGGAUUCGGAAAUGCGAAAAUAGAGUUACCGAAUACAAAAAAUUCGAAUUUGAGAAAAUUCAUUUUCGAAUCGAGAUAUAGAAUAGGGCCCCAGUUUUCAAAACAAAAGCAAAACUGUUUUUAUAGGAGCACAGUUAGUCUGUCAAGAUUAUGUUACAAUAGCCAAAAUGAAAUACAUUUAGGAAAACGAAUUCUUGCAUACAAAUAUAAAGAAGAUAAAUCUCUUCAAUGGAAAAGUUUCUUCCUCCUUAGAUGGUCUUAUUAUCUUACUUCUGAUUAGGUAUUCUUAUUGGGUAUAUAUUGUUUUAGUUAGUAUAAGGCUAAAACACAGUGAACUGCGGGACAGUUUAACAUAAUCGCGAGAGGACAAGCGUGCUCAAGAGAUGACAGCAUAAAUGCUACAUUCUCUCUUUUCUUUCAAACAGAAAAUAAUUAAGUUAACAGUUGAGACGCUAAAGAGACUAGAAAAUUCAAGAAAAAAUUCCUUAAAACUUAAAGCAACAACCAAAAUUGUUAAGUGUCUUCAAAUAAUUAGCCCAAUUAGUGCUCAACACCAAUAAAAAAUCCGCUUCACCACAAUUAUUACCAGUUUUUUGUUGUUGUUCCGUUGUAAGCAAACGUCAAUCAAAGCGGAAAUUGUCCAGCACACACGCGUCCUUGAAGGACCGCCAAACAGAAAUACACAUUUACAAGAAUUAAGUGGUAUUACUUAAGUAAAUAUGUAUGUGUGCGUUCGUGUGCUGUCGCUGCAGGAUGUUUCAAAUGCGUACGAGCACAACAAUUGACUGUCAUACGCGGCAAGCGGCAAGCGACAGGCGACCGGCAAGCAAGGAAGCGUCGCAACAUGAAAGAAACCGGAAACUCAAUUAGUCGUACAACUCAAUGCGACGGCUCACUCGUCCGGAUGCUACCGACAAGCUCCCUUAAGUGUAGUUUUUAUGUAAUAAAUAAUAAUAUUUCGUUCUAUGCCGAUUUACGUUUCCAUUUUACUUUUACCGACUGCAGGCGCCAUUGUGUAGGGAAUACAAAACAAAUACAUGACGCUUAUGGUGAUUAAUUUCCAUUUCAGACACACACAUACAGUUAUACAAUAAUAAUGCUUUGCACUUAUGAUUACAAGUAAUUGUCAUUUCGACAUUUAUCUUCUAGAUUUAAUUUCGUUGUGCGUUUGCAGCAUAUUUUUUCGGGGUUUUUGUUAUUUUUGCAAUGCCUAGUGCGUAAGCGUGUAGAAAUGUGACGCCUUUUUUUACUAGAAAUUCACUUAAAGUGUCAAAUUUGAAGUAUUUUCGAAUAUGCAAAAACAAAAUAUGAAUUUAAGUAAAUAUUGCACAAUAUUUUUGAAUGCAACAAUUGCUUACAAGUGUAGCGGUAAUUUAUUGCAUGAAUGCGUGAUUAAGCUGUAGCGAAAUAUAUAACUUUAACGGAGCAAUAAGUGAAAAGCAGAAAAUUCAAAAGUAAAUCAUAAUUAAAUCUAACCUCAAAAAAUGUUAAAAUAAGUGAAUGAAUUGAACUUCACAAGCAACAACCAUACAUAUACAGCAUACCCAAGUAAUAAAAAUGGAAUAAAUAAAUAUAUAUUGAUAUAUAUAGCGAAAAUCAGCAGAGUACAUACAUACAUAUAUACAAUAUUUACAAAGAAUAUCAUAUUAAAAACAAUUUGAAAAUCUCGCCGUUAGCAAAUUAUUACAAAAACAAAAAAAAAUAUAUACAGCACCUACAACAACAAUAACGUGUAAUAAAUAUUUAAGCUACGAUCUGUACUACAAACACACAUACAUACACAUAUAUAUAUAUUUGAAAUCCGUGCACACAACUAAUUGCAUAAUUACAAUAAUUCGAGUCAUUUAAUUAAAGCAUGUUUAUCUUGUGCCUCUCCACUACUAUGCUCCCCUCCGCGCUCAAUUAAUUAUACAAAUUUAAAGCAAAACUCAAAAAAAACAAAUGCAAAAAAACAAAAACAAAAAGUAAUUACAAUAAAAUAAUAGUAAAAUAACUGUGACUUGCAGUUUAGCGCCAAAGCUUUUCGUUUCAAUUAUACUUACUUAGAAAAAUAUUUUUAAAAAAUAUUAAAAAAAAAUUAGAAAAAUAAAAAAAAUAAAUAAAAACGUACAGUGUUUAUGUAUAGAGCAAAAGACGUUAAACUUCGUACCCAAAUCGCGCAAAUAUACACCACAUACUGGCAGCGUUGUAUAAAUACACACACACACAUGCAUAUUUAAAUAUUAAAUAUUUGUUAAAAAAAUAUAGUCUAACAUGUCGUUGCAAGCAAAUGGAAUAAUUACUUUUUGCAAUAAUUGUUCGUACUCUACAACUCCGCACUCCCGUAAGUGUUAAGUCAGCAAAACUUCUUAAGCCACACAGCGUGUAUUCACUUAAAUAACUGUCAGUGGUUUUUGUUGCAAUUUUCGAAUUAUUUUUUUUUUCGUUUUUUGUUCUUCUCUAAACUUGUUCAUAUACUUAAUACAGUGUAAUAGAUUUAACACUUUUUAUUUUUAAAUAAAUUAGAAAAUGUAAUUUUUAAGCAUAUUUGACUACUUUACUAAAGUUUGAACAACAUUUGAUAGAGGAAAAUAUUUUUGAAAUAUUUUAAUAUUAUUUUUUUUUAUGAAAUCAUUUUGAAAUAUUUAAUAUUUUUUUCUAACAUUUUUUUUUAUAAAAAAUUAAUUUUUAUAGAUAUUUUUUAAUUUUAUAUAUUUUUUCAUAAAAAAAAAAUAUAAAAAUAAACUUUUAUGAGCACGUUUAAAUUAUAGUGCAGUUUUAAGUGAUUUUAUUAAGCGCCUUACUACUUGAAAGUUCUUAAAUUAUAAUUCUUAUUGACACUUGUUCCAAAUCUUAUGCAAUCCAGAGCUUUCACUACUGUCCUGUCUUAUACUAGGUGAAUAUAAAACAGCUGUAGACAAUUACAGUUACUUUCGUAUUACAUUAACAAUACCAGCUGUCUAACAGUUUUAACGCAAAGCUUUUAUGAAAGCUUAAGCUGAGCUUUCACAUAAAUUUUGAUUUUGGAUUUUUGAAAAUAAAAAUAUUUAAUUUUUUUUCUAAAGAAACAUCAAGCUUUUUUUACUAAACAAUAAAAAAAAAUCUAAGUAAGUUUUAGAAAAAAAAAAAUUAAAAACUAAAAUUUGAAAAACAGGUUUAUUGAAAAAUAUGUUUUUUUGGAAUUGUUGAAAAAAAAAAUAUUAUUGAGUGUUUUUGAAUUUUUUUUUCUAAAGCAUAACAUACCAGCUUUUUUACUAAACAAUAAAAAAAAUCUAAAAAAGUUUUACCAAACAAAAUUUUAAAAACACGUUUAUUGAAAAAUAUUUUUUUUGGAAUUGUUGAAAAAAAAGAUAUUUUGAGUGUUCCAGGCGUAGAAACUAUUCGGAUUUCGAGUUUACAUAUUUUUUUGUGAUUUUUCGAAAUUAAAAAAAAAAUUAUUUUAUGAAUUAAAAAAAAUAUAUAUUUUGAGUGCUCUAGUCGUAUGAAGUAAAUAAUAAAAAAAAAAAAGUUUCUUUAAAAAUAAUUAAAACAAAAAAUGUAUAUUAUAUUUCUUUAAACUAGUCCAAAAACCAGUUAUCAGCUUAUAAAUAUGAGCUUUAUAAUUUUGUUUAUCGGCCAGAAAUACUUUAUUAUGGCCAAUGUGCCUUUCAAUUUAAAAUUAUUUUUUAAUUAAUAAAAUUUUUUUUAAUUUUAAUUUCUUAAUUAAUUACUUUACUGCUGGCAAAUGUUGUUCAAACCUUAGCUUGCACUCGAUUUCGAUAAGUAAAAUUUAAGCAAAUAAAUAUUUAAAAAUUAAAUAAAAAUUAAGAAAAAGUAAAAAAUAAAAAUUCUUAAAAUUAAACAAAAAGCCUGAAGUUAAUUUAUUACUAAUUAAUAUAUACAUAUACACAUUAUUAUAAUUAUAUAAUUGUAUAAAUGGAUAUAAGCGACUUUUAAAUUUUUUUAUUAAUUAUACAAACGAAGCAUGAAAAGAACGAGUUGAAACCCUAAAUCAAUUGAUGUACCUAGCAUUAAAUUUUAAAACUUAAAAAAAUAUAUAUAUACAUAUAAUAAUAUAAAUUUUGACUCACAAAAAGAUUUAAAUAUGUUUAAUGUAAUGUAAAAUGGUGGAUUAGUAAUAAAAACAACAACAAACCAAAUGAACAUAACUUGGGUAUGCGCAUAAGUUGCUAAAGUAAUUGUUGCUAAUAAAAAUUAUAAUAAAAAUUAAACAGUUAUGUGAGUGUAAAUGUUAAAUGGAAACUGAUCUGUUAGAUAAAUAAAUGAGGAAUACAAAGAGCCAACGCUGAAUAUAUUUACAUAUGUCGAUGGGGAAUGCAUAUAGAUUUGUGAAAGCAAAAUAUGUGCGUAUGUAUAUAAUAUAUGAUAUAUAUACAUGUAUAUAUAUAUGUAAUAAAUUUAUAAAAUUUAAAAUUAAAAUUACAAAAAAAAACUGAACUCUUUAAGAAGCAAACAAAAUCUAAAUUUACGGUAUGUACCCUUAAAUGUAAAUGUAAUAACACACCGUUAUUUGUUUCAAAUAAAUCUUUAAUUAUAUUUAAACAAAAAAAUCUAAA